GUCUUCAGCCUUUGCAGGCAGCAUAAACUCCCAGCAUGCAAUGCAAUCAUCUAUAAAUUCCAGGUGUAACAGGAAAUGGUAUCAGGGGUGUUUCCUUGAAGCUGGUAUUCAGUUAAGUAGAAGAUGCUGGUGUAUAUUCUUCUCCUGUUGGUGGUUGGUGGGCUCUCUCAGCCAUGCAGCAAGUCAUGGGAACCCUUGGUAAUAGUGGCCUCCAAAAACCUGGCCAACCAGCUGGGCUGUGAUAAAGAGAAUACAUUCAGGAGCUGCAAAGAGAUAAAGAAUUCAAACAAUGACUCGCAAGAUGGAAUAUACACACUCACAUCUUCAGAUGGGAUAUCCUACCAGACUUUCUGCGAUAUGACUACAAAUGGAGGAGGAUGGACCUUGGUGGCCAGUGUUCACGAAAACUACUUGGCAGGGAAGUGUACUGUAGGGGAUCGCUGGUCCAGCCAACAAGGAAAUCGAGCUGAUUAUCCAGAGGGUGAUGGCAACUGGGCAAACUAUAACACAUUUGGAUCAGUUGGUGGUGCAACUAGCGAUGACUACAAGAAUCCUGGCUAUUAUGAUAUUGAAGCCUAUGACCUUGGGGUGUGGCAUGUGCCCAACAAGACUCCCCUGAGUGUAUGGCGGAAUUCAUCACUACAGAGAUACCGUACAACAGAUGGAAUCCUUUUCAAAGAGAGAGGAAAUCUCUUCAGCUUGUACCAGAUCUAUCCAGUGAAGUAUGGUGUAGGAAGCUGCCCAAAGGACAGUGGUCCAAUUGUGCCAGUAGUGUAUGACUUGGGAAGUGCUGAUUUAACAACUUCUUUCUACUCGCCGGAUUUCAAAAGUCAGUUCACCCCUGGCUAUAUCCAGUUUCGGCCAAUUAACACAGAGAAAGCUGCACUGGCACUGUGUCCGGGAAUGAAGAUGGAGUCGUGCAAUGCAGAACACGUGUGCAUAGGAGGAGGUGGCUACUUCCCAGAAGCAGACCCAAGACAAUGUGGAGACUUUGCAGCCUAUGACUUUAACGGAUAUGGAACCAAGAAGUUUAACAGUGCCAGCAGAGAGAUAACUGAGGCAGCAGUACUACUGUUCUAUCUGUGAUAUAAAACCUUAAUAAACUGGUACUAAAACAAUG